AUGGCGGACAGAAAGAAAUCAAAGAAACCCUCAAACAAAACCAACAACAUCGACCACCUCAAGACCGACAUAGCCUCCUUCGCUUCCUCCCUCGGCCUCUCCACCUCUCUCCCGCCCUCCGAUUCUUCCGGGGGCUUCAACGACGUCGAUUUCCGCAACCCCAAAAAACCCACCCCAAAACCCUCAAAACCCCAAAACCGAAACACCCACAACUCCAAACCCAAUCUCUCAAAACCCACUAAACCCCCUUUCCCUGAUAUCAACACCAACAAUGACAAGGCCAAGAGCUUCGAGAAUCUUCCCAAGCUGCCCUUGAUUUCCGCCGUUAAUAUCGGAGUGUGGUACGAAGAAGCUGAGGAGUUGGAGGGGAAAGUGGCGGUGAAGAUGAAGAGAGUGGAGGCGAGGAAUGAGAGGGAGUGGAGUGUUGAGGUGGGGAAGAAGAGGAAGCUUGCGGAGAGGUUGAUGGCGCAGUACACGGCGGAUUACGAGGCUUCCAAAGGGAAGAGUGGGGAUAUUAAGCUGUUGCUUACCACACAGAGGUCUGGGACUGCCUCUGAUAAGAUUUCGGCGUUUUCGGUUUUGGUUGGGGAUGAUCCCAUUGCCAAUUUGAGGUCCUUGGAUGCCCUUUUAGGAAUGGUAGCAUCGAAAGUAGGAAAGCGGUACGCAUUUGCAGGUUUUGAUGCAUUGAGGGAAUUGUUUCUUACAAGUUUAUUACCUGAUCGCAAGCUUAAGAGCCUCUUACAGCGGCCUGUAAAUGAUCUUCCUGAGACAAAAGAUGGUUAUUCUCUUCUGCUUCUCUGGUAUUGGGAGGAAUCCUUGAAACAAAGGUAUGAACGCUUUGUUAUUGCUCUUGAGGAAGCAUCAAGAGAUAUGUUACCUGAACUUAAAAACAAGGCAUUGAAGACUAUAUAUGUGUUACUAAAGAGUAAAUCAGAACAAGAACGAAGAUUACUCUCUGCGAUAGUUAAUAAACUGGGAGAUCCGAAAAAUAAGGGUGCUUCAGAUGCUGAUUUUCACUUAUCAAACCUUUUGCGUGACCAUCCAAACAUGAAGGCUGUGGUGAUUGCUGAGGUGGACUCUUUUCUCUUUCGGCCGCAUUUAAGCAUACAAGCAAAAUACCACGCGGUAAACUUUUUGAGCCAAAUUCAACUUAGAAAUACAGGAGAUGGACCAAAGGUGGCAAAAAGUUUGGUAGAUGUAUACUUUGCACUUUUCAAGGUACUGAUUUCUGAGGCUGGUGGUGGUGAUAAGACAGAGAAGACUGAUAAAGUAGGGGGUAAAAAACCACCCGGUUCUCUUAAGGAUGGCAAAGGGAAGAAAUCGUCAGAUACUCAUGUUGAAUUGGAUUCACGUCUUCUAUCAGCUCUAUUAAUGGGAGUCAAUAGAGCAUUCCCAUAUGUUUCAAAGAAUGAGGCUGAUGACCUUGUUGAGGCCCAAACGCCAACACUGUUCCAUUUGGUUCAUUCUACUAACUUUAAUGUUGGAGUUCAAGCACUAAUGCUUCUUCAUCAUAUCUCAUCUAAGAAUCAAAUUGUCAGUGAUAGGUUUUACCGAGCCUUGUACUCAAAACUACUGCUUCCAGCUGCCAUGAAUACUUCCAAGGCUGAAACAUUUAUUGGACUCCUUCUGAGAGCAAUGAAAUCUGAUGUCAACGUGAAGCGUACAGCUGCUUUUGCAAAACGUUUACUGCAGGUUGCCCUUCAACAGCCGCCUCAAUAUGCAUGUGGAUGCCUUUUUCUUCUUUCUGAAGUUCUUAAAGCAAGGCCACCCUUAUGGAACAUGGUGCUCCAAAAUGAGUCAGUUGAUGAUGACCUUGAGCAUUUUGAAGAUGUGAUAGAAGAAACUGACAAGGAACCCAGCCCUGUCUCAGAGAAACAAGAUGUCAAGCUUGUUCAUAACAGUGAUGAAACAAAUGAUACUGCCGAUUCUGAUCAUGAUUCUUCAGAAGAUGACAUCGAAUCUCCUGCCUCGUAUUCUGAGGAUGAAGCUUCCGAUGAAGGAGAUGAGUUCCAUUUUAAAAAUGAUUCAAAGCACUCCAAGACGGUUCCUAAUAGUAGUGUGCAACAACCACAAGUAGUAUCCUCUGAGAAGACCACACUACCUGGAGGCUAUGAUCCACGGCACAGAGAGCCCUCAUACUGCAAUGCAGAUCGUGUAAGCUGGUGGGAGUUGACAGUACUUGCUUCACAUGUGCACCCUUCAGUUUCUACCAUGGCAAAGACACUUCUCUCUGGGGCGAAUAUCGUCUAUAAUGGAAACCCACUGAAUGACCUAUCACUUACUGCUUUCCUAGAUAAGUUUAUGGAGAAAAAACCUAAGGCAAGCACAUGGCAUGGUGGUUCGCAAAUUGAACCUGCGAAAAAGCUUGACAUGACCAACCGAUUCAUAGGGCCCGAAAUCCUCUCAUUGGCUGAAGAAGAUGUGCCUGCAGAAGAUCUUGUCUUUCACAAGUUCUACAUGAAUAAAAUGAAUACUUCGAAUAAACCAAAAAAGAAGAAGAAGAAGGCAACAGCAGAAGAUGAAGAUGCCGCAGAGUUGUUUGAUGUGGAUGGUGGUGGUGAUGAUGAAAGUGAUAACGAAGAGAUUGACAAUAUGCUGGAUUCUGCUGGUGUUGCCAUGGAUGCAGAUGGCGACUAUGAUUAUGAUGAUCUAGACCAAGUUGCCAAUGACGAUGACGAAGACUUGGUUGGUAACGCCAGCGAUGUCAGUGAUGAUGAUAUCGACCUGCCAUCUGAUAUUGGAGAGGGAGAAGAUUUUGAUGUCACUGCAAACAGUGAUGAGAGUGAUGAUGAUGAUGCUAUUGAUAUAGGAGAUGCUGAGGAUGAGGAGGAAGACGAAGAUGAGAAUGUCCAUAUUGAGUGUGUUCAGGGGAAAACUAAACGGAAGCGGGGGACUGCAGCAUCCCCAUUCGCUAGUAUGGAAGAAUAUGAGCAUCUGUUUAACGAGGACGCCCCUGCUGAGAAGGAAUCUAAAAGCAAGAAGUCGAAGCCACGAAAGAAGAGAAAGUCAUCUGAUUGAACUAAAUUUUGCGUUAUUGUUUUCCAGACUUCAUACAUUUUCUAGCCAAGGUCGUCACAAAAUUUUGUUUAAGGUUUAUAGUUCAUAUUGUACCAGCUGUAAGGUUAUAAGAACCUCUGCAUCAUUGUACCAUCAAUAUUUUCAAUGAAAGAAGUAUGAGAAAUAAACAC